UGCAUGUUUUGUAUUCAGCGUGCGUCGUUUUAUUUGUUUCAGGUGGAAUAGAGAGGCUUGAAAAAACUGAUCUAGCUUGUAUCCUAGUUCUUGUUGAUUGUCUUCCUAACCAUUCGCUCUUGAGACUGGCUGAAAGCGAUUUACAACUUGUGCACGGAUCAAAACUUGGUUAUUGAGGACAAUGGAUUAAUGAGCGCUUUGUUGGUGGUGUGAUCAGGUCCACAACCCAAGAGAUCCAGUAUUUCUUCAUGGCCACCGCCGCAGCACCUUCGUUUCAUUCGACAAAAGAGACAACCAAUUACGCCCGCUUAUGCAGGCUUCUGGUGGAUGUUAGUGCACGUAUCUUGAGAGAGACUUUUGAGAAGAGGCGUCCAACAGGAGACCUGCACACAGUUUUGUUAAGUCCUCCAGUUCAUGCAGUCUUACAAUCACUUCGAAAGAAAGGAAUUCUUAAUCCUUCCCAAUGGGGACAACUAUAUCCUAAAGCCAUCAAAUCUGCAGUUUCAUCAAAGAAUUUCGAUAUCACUCUACUGAUGGUUUUGCUGAGGAAUAUAUGCGGUCUUGUUCGUCCAGCUACCGGCUGGGAUACACUUCCUCCUGCAACAGACACAACCCUUGAGGCAGAUAUCGUUCGCAUCAAGUGCUACAGAAACACAGUUUAUGGUCAUGCCAGCGAGGCCUCAGUUGAUGACCCAACAUUCAAUCAAUACUGGAAAGACAUCCAAGAUGCAUUGGUGAGACUGGGAGGAGCUGGUUACCAAAGUGCUAUUGAUGAUCUGAAAAAGGAAUGCAUAGACCCUGAUUUCGAAGAACACUCUAAAGAGCUUCUUAAACAAUGGGUAGCGGCUGAAGUCAGCAUCAAAGAAAGACUGGAUGAAUUAAAGGAUGCAAUCGUUAGCCCUAUAAAGAAACCGGGAGACAAAGCUGUUUCAGCAUACACAAACGCGUUGAAAGAAUCGAUUAAAAAGCAAACAGAGUUCGUCAAUGUAGCUUCUCCCAUCUCAUCUAAUAAGGUAAGAACAGAUGACAUAUUCACCAGCCUUCUGAUACAACAUGGAAGAAAGCCAGUUGAAGACCCAGAUAUGGAAAGAAGAGAACAACUUGAGCAGUACGGUCGAGUAAAAGGAAAACCAGUGGAACACUCGCAAGAAAUUUUCCUUUCUGAACGUGAUCGUAACGACGAAAUGAAUCCUAAAUCUGUACUAAUCACUGGGAAGGCAGGGAUUGGGAAAACUGUCUAUUGCCAAAAUUUAAUUCGAGAUUGGGCUGACAACAAAUUAUUUCAACCACAAAGUAAUCGAAACGUGCCUGACCUUAAGUUCGCUUACUUACUGACUUUUAGUCAACUGAGUUUGCUGGGAGAUAAGUGUUUUACUUUGAGGGAGAUCCUGAACCUAUCUUCAGUGUUAGAUGAACACUCAAAUAUCGACGACUUUUUAUUUGAGUACAUUGUUGGUCAUUCUGAAGAUGUUUUGAUUAUUCUAGACGGCUUUGAAGAGUAUUCAGAACAAAAUUUAAUCGCUAAUGAUUUGGAUAACCGAUAUCCGAAUAGCGCCCAAGAGAAAAUGCCAGUAGCAGCACUGUGUGCCAAGCUAAUCAAAGGGAAAAUCUUGAAAGAUUCGGUUGUCAUGAUGACGUCAAGGCCCGAUGAAUACGAUCAAGUGAAAGGUAAAAUACCCUUUGAUCGGUACGUUGAAAUUACAGGGUUUUCCGAGGAGCAGGUGAAGAAAUACAUUGAAAAGUAUUUCAAAGAAAACGAAGUCAUGAAAAAUGCUGUAAUGGAUCACAUCACAAAGAAUGACAAUCUUGUUAGCUUUGCCCAUAUUCCAGUUCUCUGUUUUCUGAUGUGCUCAUAUUUUGAGUACAUAUUAAAUGAAUCGAUGAACACUGAUGCUCUUCCUGUCAGUAUGGGUGACAUCUAUUCGGAAGUGAUCAACAUGUUUCUCAGAGCGCAUAGCAGAACGAAAGGAGCCCCUCCAGAGAAAACGCUGGAUAAAUUGUCAGAGUUUGCGGCUCAUUUGCUCCGAAAAAAGGAGUAUCUCUUUAGUGAUGUUGACGACAUGAAAAGGUUUUCUUCGGAAGAAGUUGAAAGCCUCAAAGCAAGUGGUCUUCUCCAUUGCGGUCCACCGUUUAGAAAAUCAUUUUCUGAAACGACGAAAUAUUUUUGCUUCACUCACUUAACUCUCCUGGAAUACUUGGCGGCUCGUUGGUUUGUGAAGCAAAGAGAAAUUCCAUCUUACUCUGAAAAUGCCUCAGGAAUGGUAUUCCAAUUUAUGUCGGGCAUUUUAUUAAAGCAAAACGACCAAGCUUUUAUGCGCAAAUUGCUCAGAGGACUCAUUCAAAGGUCUCAGUCUAUGCCUUCUGUAGGGCCACUAAUAUUGAAGUGUCUGGCUGAGUACCAUGACAAGGAAUUUGCCCUAAAUUUCGUAAAGAAAUUUUGUAGGCAGCUUUUUCAUUUUGAUCAAAUUAUAUCAUUUGUAGAAGUGGACUGCAUCGCAGUAUCUUUUCUGUUGGAUGUCAUCAGUACAUUGAAUGCAGAAGAAAAGGAUGAAACGAAUCAACCAACAUUUCAACGGUCUCAUAAGCCGUUAGGUAAUCGACCAAAUCUUUUUAGGCGCGUCGUGCCGUGUGAACAGGGAACUGUUGAGAGGAGUCAAACAUCCUCGCACCAAUCAAGAGGAGCACCGCAUGUAUUGCUUCUCGUUGAUUGUCAUAUUACACAAACUGGAUUAAGACAAAUAUGUAAAUUUCUGAAGAACGAGCUCUGCACUGUGACUUCUCUUGAAUUUCGUUGCUGCUUAAUGGCAGACGAAUGUGUUGCUACGAUUGCAGAAUCGUUGCCAUUGACCAAAGUGAUUGAACUGUCUCUGGAAGGAAGUAAAAUCACUGAUGCCAGUGUUGCCAGUCUAUGUCAAGCAUUACAGACACCAACAUGCAAAGUCACUGAACUUGAUCUGAGUGAUAAUCGUAUCACCGAUGCUGGUGUUGCCAGUCUAUGUCAAGCAUUGCAGACGGUAGCAUGUAAAGUCACCAGUCUUGAUCUGAGUGAUAAUCAGAUCACCGAUGCUGGUGUUGUCAGUCUAUGUCUAGCAUUGCAGACAGCAGCAUGUCAAGUCACCGAACUUGAUCUGAGUGAUAAUCAGAUCACCGAUGCUGGUGUUGCCAGUCUAUGUCAAGCAUUGCAGACAGCAGCAUGUAAAGUCACCGAACUUGAUCUGAGCCAUAAUCAGGUUACCGAUGCUGGUGUUGCCAUUCUAUGUCAAGCAUUACAGACACCGUCAUGUCAAGUCACCACACUUGAUCUGCGUAGAAAUCAGAUCGCCGAUGCUGGUGUUGUCAGUCUAUGUCAAGCAUUGCAGACACCAGCAUGUAAAGUCACCGAACUUGAUCUGAGCCAUAAUCAGGUUACCGAUGCUGGUGUUGCCAGUCUAUGUCAAGCAUUGCAGACAGCAGCAUGUAAAGUCACCGAACUUGAUCUGAGCCAUAAUCAGGUCACCGAUGCUGGUUUUGCCAGUCUAUGUCAAGCAUUGCAGACAGCAGCAUUUAAAGUCACCGAACUUGAUCUGAGCCAUAAUCAGAUCACCGAUGCUGGUGUUGCCAGUCUAUGUCAAGCAUUGCAGACACCAGCAUGUAAAGUCACAGCACCUCAUCUGAAUGGUAACCAGGUCACCGAUGGUGUUGUCACUCUAUGUCAGACAUUACAGAGGGCGCAAUGUCCAGUCAAAUAUUUGAGCUUGUCUGGUAAUUUUCAGAUCACCAGUGGUGGUAAGAGGUGUCUCAAAAAGCUGUUAAAGCAACAACCCAAUCUUUUUGUGCUUGGAUUGUAA